AUUGCCUGGGCGACUCGAUUUAGCCCGUUACGUAGUCGCAUCCGCGAAAAUGUGUCUUUGCAGUCAGUCGAACGUCGGAAAGUGAGGUUUGAUGCUGAGUAAACAGAUCGAGAGUGCUCGAAUUAUGACUGUCCAAAAUCUGGAUCAACUGGAGGCCAAGGACGGGGACACCAUGCAGAAUCCCGGCGACAAGUCUAGCAGCAACCAUGUGCAGCAGCAAUUGACGGCCAAGAACGGCCAUAUAAGUUUCAGUGUCGCGUCGCUCUUGGCCGAUACUCGGCCGGCCAGGUCCGUUUCGCCCUCGGCCUCCUCCAACGUGGCCUCCCGGCCGCAUUCGUCGGACGAGGAGUACGACUCCAACCAGGAGGACUCCAUAGUGGACGUCGAAGACCUGGAAACUGAGGUUAAGUUGGAAUCGGACAGUCCGGUUAAAGACAAUGGCGAGUUUAGCAGCCAAAGGGACUCGAGUAACAACAAUAAGGACGUUAAUUGUGCCGAAGGUAUGCUAAGUUCGCAAGGUCCGAUACGGCCAACGCCGUUCUCCGCCCUGGCCGCGGCCGUUUACCAAGCGGCGCACCCCAACUGGUCCCAUCAGAGCAUGGUGAAUCCUUUUGGUACCCCUGGCAACAUGUUUCCCGGUCCUACGCCUUUCGGUGUGCCCAACAUGAACGCUGUAGACGCAAACGGAGAACAUGCGAAGCUCAAAUGCAACCUGAGGAAGCACAAACCCAACAGGAAACCCAGAACGCCAUUCACCACCCAGCAACUUCUGGCGUUAGAGAAAAAAUUCAGAGAUAAGCAGUAUCUGAGUAUAGCAGAGAGGGCAGAAUUCUCGAGUUCCUUAAGACUGACGGAAACGCAAGUGAAAAUAUGGUUUCAGAACAGGAGAGCCAAGGCGAAACGCCUGCAGGAGGCCGAGAUCGAGAAGCUAAAAAUGGCGUCGUUAUCGCGUCACCCGCACGCCCUCUACCCGCAUCCUGCCCUGCAGGGCUAUUUCAACCCCGGCGCCCACCCCCUGGCGUCGCUACUGGGCGCCAGACCCCCCAUGGGACCCCUCGGCCUGAUGCCGCAACCGCCACCGCAUCAUCUGAACCCUUCACAAAGUUCAAUCAGAUCGCCCAGUCCGCACAUGUCGUAAGGAGUGCGUGUUGGGUGUGCAUAAACGCGGUCGAAGCGAAAAUGGGAAAAUCGGAGGGGAAAUUUUGGGAUUUCGGUCCGUUGGUCCAGUGGCGAUCGGUUUUUGACCUGAAGUGACCUGAAUUAUCAUAUCAGAUGAAAAUCAUUGUGUUUUGUGUGGAGAACUGUGUAAAAAAUUUUUUUUUGCAUUUUUCGUUGGGUAUUUCUCGAUUAAACGUUCCAUUAUGGAUUGAUACUUGAUACUGCACGAAGCAAAAGUCCCACCCCUUUAUGAAACAUGAAAGAAAUCAGACAGAAUUUCGAAUUCACUCUAUUAAGAGUGAAACUUUCCUUGCAAUCCGAGCAAGCUAUAAAUAAUGGGCUGGAAUAAUGGCUUAUUUUGCGGGGUGUUGAAUUGUUCUUAUUUUGUUGGCAACAUCGAGCGGGUGGCUGUAAUUUAUUACCCGGGAGGUCCAGCAAAAAAAGCAGAAAGCAAGAACGGAAAUACAUAAUAGCUUAACACAUGUGUUUAGACAUUUAACUUGUCGUUCGGUUGGGUUAUGUCGGAAUUAGGUACUGCUAUAUGAUCACUUAAACAUUUUACGAGGUUUUUAAUGCUGCGUUCAGAAAGGGGACGAUUUUUUCUCAACAUUUUUUCCCGGUAACGUUUAUGGAAUUGGCAGUUUAGGAGAGUCCUCUUUCGAAAUUAUUUUUUUUAAGUCCUAAAAGUCUUUGUCACUGUUCUUAACCUCUGAGCUGUGUUCACUGCUAUCUUUCACAAUCCUAACAAAAUAGAUUCCAUUCCAGGAACGUCUUAUCGAGAGACUCCACGAACAUUUCAACAGUUCUUCCGUAAUUUGUCUUUAAAGUGGCUGAAUGGUAUAUCAAAAAUUAAUUUCAGAUAACGCAACUAAUUCCACCUUAUCGACUGUAUAAAUUAUGCGGGGUUAUCAUAAUGGAGAAAAUGAGGUCGCAUUGAGGUUCCCUUUAUCAGUACCGUAUUGGUAUCGACCGUCAGAAAUGCUACGGUCAAUCUGUAAAUAAUACUUGUACAAAUUUUUGUAUAUAAUCGUAUCAUGGAUGUAAAAAGGAACGUGUAUAUUGAUGUUGCAACUUCACAUUGAGACUUGUGUAAAGUUUAGGGAGCACACAGGUGAGGCUCUUCUGAUUAUUGUAUUAUUUAUUGUAAGUGUAUAUGGUUGAAUUUAGAUAAACUUAUUUAAAUAU